AUGCGAGAGCCACUUCCGCUCUCGAAAGGAGGAACAGUAGCCCUCCUUCCUCUCGGGGGUUCUGGGAAAUGUGGUCCAGGAGCCGUGCGUGGUCGGGGCACUUCCGGUACUAGAGGGCUAGGCAGAAGUCCUCGGUCCCUUGCGGGAGCCCUGCCUUCCCAGGACUGCCCUUCCCCAGAAGGAGCAGGAGAAAAUGACCAAGCUUCAGGACACAAGAAUCAGAAUGAGAUAGAGACGCUUCAAGAAGUGGGAUUAAGAUACCUUUACCAUGAAGAACUUAUGUGCUGGCAGAUAUGGGAGCAAUUUACAUGUCAGGUAACCAGAAAUCAAGACUCAAUAAUAAAUCUGCAAGGCAAGAAGUCCAAGUUACCAAAACAGGGUGAUUCCCCCUGUCAGGUGUGGGCAGGAGACUCUGCUCAGGUUUCUGAAGAUGAGAACCAUGGAAUAAAGCUUCAGGGGGAGAGUUCCAGUAGUGUCAAAAACCAAGAGUUGCCGAUUAAGACCACCUGGGAUUUCUGGAAGAAAAGGUAUCUGAGAGAGCCACAGAAUAAUCAGCAUAGGUGUCAGCAAAUUGAUGUGAAAAAUAAACUGUGUAAGUGUGAGUGUUGUGUUGUGAGAAGGAUCUCUCAUCACCUUGAUUGUCAGGAAGUACUCAAAGGAGAGAAGGCCUCCAGCCACAAUAACUGCAGAAAAGACUUCACGAAGAAAUUGUCCCAGCAGAGUAUAAUCCACACAGGAGAGCAAACCUCUGAUGAGAAUGGAAGAGGCUUCGGCCCUGGCUCUAAUCUUGAACUUCAUGAGCAGUCGCACAUAGGAGAGAAACUCUAUGUGUGUAGCGAGUGUGGGAAGGGCGUCAGUUAUAGCUCAGUGCCUUGUGUUCAUUGGAGUGUUCGCGCAGGAGAGAAACCUGGUGUGUGUCAAGUGUGUGCUGAGAAUUUCAAUCAGAACCCCUCUCUUCCCGCUCAUGAGCCCAUUCCCCCAGGAGAGGAUGUGUAUGAGUGUGACAGGUGUAGAAAAGGCUCCAGUCCUAGCUUAGAUCUUAGCGUUCACUGCAUAGACAACACUGGAGAGAAAUCUGGGAAACGUGAGAUGUGCAAUAAAGGCUUCAGUCAGACAUCACAACUUCAUGCCCAUCCCAGCACCCACUGUAGAGACAAAACCUACAAAUGGGAGGCAUGUGACAGGAUAUUUCAUCAGAAUUCUGGUCCUCAUCAGAGAGUCCACACUGGAGAGAAACCCUAUAAAUGUGAGGUGUGUGGGAAGGACUUCAGUAAGGCCUCAAAUCUUCAAGCCCAUCAGAGAAUCCACACUGGAGAGAAACCCUACAAAUGUGAUGUGUGUGCCAAGAGCUUCAGCCGUAAUUCCCACCUUCAAGCCCACCAGCGAGUCCACACAGGAGAGAAGCCCUACAAGUGCGACACCUGUGGGAAGGACUUCAGUCAGAUUUCUCAUCUUCAGGCCCACCAGUGAGUCCACACAGGAGAGAAGCCCUACAAAUGUGAGACGUGUGGGAAGGGCUUCAGCUAGAGUUCACACCUUCAGGACCAUCAGCGAGUCCACACUGGAGAGAAACCCUACAAAUGUGACGUGUGUGAGAAGGGCUUCAGUUGGAGCUCACACCUUCAAGCCCAUCAGAGGGUCCACACAGGAGAGAAACCCUACAGAUGUGAAGAGUGUGGGAAAGGCUUCCUCUGGAACUCCUAUCUGCACGUUCACCAGAGGAUCCACACGGGAGAGAAACCCUAUAGAUGUGGCAUGUGUGGGAAGAGCUUCAGUCAGACCUCACAUCUUCAAGCCCAUCGGAGAGUCCACACUGGAGAGAAGCCCUACAAAUGUUUUGACUGUGGCAAGGGCUUUAGUAAGAGUUCGUGUCUUCACGUUCAUCAGAGAGCCCAUAAUGGUGUCAAGUGCAAUACACGUGAUGAGUGUGAUAAAGGUGUUCUUCAAAACUUAGAUUUCUCAUUUUCAUCAGAAGAUCCACACAGCAGAGAGUAUUUAUAAAAUGUUGUGUUUUAAGAAUUCAGUACUGAAUUCUUAAAGUUUUUUACAGUCAUCCGAAUUCCAUUGGAGGAAACCUGUUUGCUGUAUGAAUACAGCUGUUGUUUCCGACAGAGCUCAGAAUGUCACAAUUCUUAAGAGAAUGCACAAGAGACAAACCUUGUUAAUAACGUACAAUAAGUUUGCCGGAACCUUCACGUUCAAUAGAAUCUGCACAGGAGAGACGCCUCAAAAAUUAUAAGGAAGGGUCCAGCGCAGUGGUGCAGAGGUUAGGUUCACAUGUUCCACUUCAGCAGCCCAGGGUUCACUGGUUCCAACCCCAGGCACAGACCUAAACACCACUUAUCGAGCCAUGCUGUGGGAGG